AUCAACAAAGCGGAACAAGCUGUUGCCUACGCCGCCUUGAUCCUCGCCGACGAAUCUGUCGCUAUCACACCGGAGAAACUUCAAGCCCUUCUCAAGGCCGCCAGUAUCGAGGAAGUCGAGCCUGUCUGGACCACUCUAUUUGCCAACGCACUCAAGGACAAGAGCGUUAAGGAAAUUAUCACUACCGUCGCACCCUCAGGGCCUGCG